UCUGAUGCGGAAGUAAAAAGACUACUCAAUCCAAUUAGCUAUCCAUGGAAAAAAAAACAGUGCUGUACAGUUGAAAUAAUGGUGGAAAUAACUACGUUGGUCCCAUUUUAAGAUAAUAAAUCCAAGACAUGUUUCUAAUCACAGUAAAGUCAUGUUGUCGCUGAACUUCCGCGAGGUCCUGGAUGAAACGUCACUGUCUCUACCCUGGGGACUCAGUCGCUUCACACGGCAGCGAGCGAAGAAGUGGAGGUCUGCUCCUUCUUAUGCUCGGUGAAAACAUUACAGGUCGUCCAGCAUCAUGAGUCAGCGGACGGAGCGACGAGGGAUACAUGUCGACCAGUCAGACCUGCUGUGCAAGAAAGGAUGUGGUUACUAUGGCAACGCAGCAUGGCAGGGGCUGUGCUCCAAGUGCUGGAGGGAAGAAUACCAGCGGGUACGACAAAAACAGAUCCAGGACGACUGGGCUUUGGCAGAAAAGCUGCAGCGAGAGGAGGAGGCAGCGUAUGCCAGCAGUCAUGUAGCGCAGACACAGUCCCACUCCCAGUCCACAGCGCCACAGCCUCUCCCAGGACACGCCUCAAUGGGCCCUUUCUCCAAGUUUGAGGAGAAGAAGACCAAUGAGAAAACACGUAAAGUGACCACUGUGAAGAAGUUCUUCAGCCCUUCUUCACGCACUGCUCCCAAGAAAGAAACCCAAGAGGGUAAGACCCCCAGUCCGUCCAUCAGCCGCCACGCCAGCUUCGAAACGGACCAGGUGACCAAGGACUUUGUGGAAUUCCUGAAAAACCUCCAGAAGCCUGGACGGGAGAUCCAUAAGCAGUGCCGAGCCUUCAUUGUCAACAUGUCGAGCAAAAAGGACUUGAGUGCUGACGAGCUGUCGGAGUGUGUUCAGGAUUUCUACCAGAACAUGGCUGACCGCUUGAUGAGCCACUUUAAAGGCUCUUCAGAUUCUGUGGAGCAGGUGAUGGACCAAGUGGAAAAGUACAUAAUGACUCGUCUCUAUAAGAGCGUGUUCUGUCCAGAAACCACCGAUGACGAAAAGAAGGACUUAGCCACACAGAAAAGGAUAAGGGCCUUACACUGGGUGACCAUCCAGAUGCUGUGCGUGUCGAUGGAUGAAGAAAUCCCUGAAGUCUCUGAGAACGUUGUCAAAGCAAUAACAGAUGUCAUUGAGAUGGACUCGAAGAGGGUUCCUCGGGACAAACUCGGGUGCAUCACAAGCUGCAGUAAACACAUCUUCAGUGCCAUCAGGAUCACCAAGAAUGAGCCGGCCUCAGCCGACGAUUUCCUCCCAGCGCUCAUUUACAUCGUGCUCAAGGCCAACCCUCCACGACUUCAGUCCAACAUCCAGUACAUCACCCGCUUCUGUAACCCCAGCAGGCUGAUGACCGGGGAGGAUGGAUACUACUUCACCAACCUGUGCUGUGCCGCGGCCUUUAUUGAGAAGUUGGAUGCUCAAUCUCUCAACCUUUCCCCAGAGGAGUUUGAGCGCUACAUGUCAGGCCAAGCUUCACCGCGAUUCAACAGCACAGAGGCUGACUGGUCCCAAGCCGGCCCGGCACCUGCCGUGACCAACCCCGUCCUGGCUCAGCUCAAUCACAACCUGGAGCUGCUGUCGGGGCUCAGCAGCAGGCAGGAGACGCUGAUGGAGGCUGCUCAGAGCCUGCAGGCCGACCUCCUCUCCUGGCCUGAAGGUGUACAGCGGGAGGUGAACGACAUCCUGGAGAAGUACCCGCUAGAGAUUCUCCCUCGCGAAGUUUCUGCGAUUGAUGCCAACAACAUGGACAAUGACAACCUGCCACCACCUCUAAUGCCCCAGGUUUUUGCUGGGUAGUGGAGCCUGCAAAGGGAAGAAAAAAAACAUGUAAUUUCAGCGAGGGUACUCCUGCUUUUAAAUGUCAGCUCAUUGCCUAUGUUUUGAGUUGGAUGGUAGCUUCUUCUGCACCUUAAACACUCCAUCACUCCAGUCUUAAUAAUAACGAAAUCAGUUAAUUUCAAUGGAAUAGCAGGGAGGCAAACUAAAAAAUACUUAAUGUCAAUUUUUACUUGACUUACAAAAUCAUGGCAUCAAGGAAGUUGUCUAGACAGAGUUUACCUUCGAGGGAAUGCUGAGUUCCAAAUGGACACUAAUGUAGCUUGGUAGUUGUGUGGCAGCAUCUAUUUUUAUUUGGAUUUCUUUGUCAGACUUGAAACUCACACAAGUUGGUUUUUUUUUAGACAGUUAAUGAAACAACAGCUGAUGCAAAUAAUGUUUCUUGAAUAAACCGUGGGAACUGCCCAAUAGUAAACAAAGCAAACUUUCCAUGUAGCGAGCUAACUAGUGUGAAAUACAUAUUUUCCUUUACAAUGUACAAUCUUGAUAACAAAAUGUCAGGAGGGAUUAAUUGGCACAGUACGCAGAUAAAAGAAAUAAAGGGAGAUAUGAAAACUGAAGCCAGCAAGGCCUAUUAGCACGGCAGCAGCUAGUAGUUCACCAGCUAGCACCAAAGGGGCUAACUAACUAUACAUAUUUGUGGUUUGAAAACUAGCCAAAUAUUCUUCUUAGGUGUUGAAAAAAAAUGCUGAUAAAUUACUUGGACAAAAAAAAAAAACAACCUGCUAGACGUCGCAUGAGGAUGUUAGCUUGUUUGAGAGGCUGACAUUUAUGCUAGCUCCAUAUAUCCUCUGUAGUUAAACUAAAAACACGAACCUCUUUUGUUCUUAGUUUGAUCGUACUGCCUUCAAAACAAAUACAGAAAAUAUAGAAAUUUAAAAAAUAAAACCAUAGUUUUUAGCUCCUUUUUGCUCCUUCCCCUUCAAGAUAAAAACGUAAUGAUGCAGUUACUUUAUUGAUAAACACAAAGCCAUCAUGCCCAGCAAGCAAAUUAUUAACAGCACCUUGGCUGAUGAAUGAUAAAUGCUAGCACUAAGUUGGCUUUCACUCCUUUUUGUCCCAGACCUUGCUCAUAAUAAAAUGCUAAUGAUAUGAACAAACAUCUCCAUGAAAGACCAAGAAAGUUGUAUCUACCCAGGAGCAGCCUAAAUGACACAUUUCACUCCUUGUGUGGCUUUGUUGUAUUUUUAUUCCACUUUAAUUUUUAUACAGAAGUUGCAGUACUGUAAACAUGUCAUACUGUGCAGCAGGCAUCUGGUGUGGUGUUGAGGGGGCCUUCGUGAUGAUCAUCAUGCUCUUUCAUCGCCGUUGCUAAAUGUCGCUGUUUCCACUUUUAGCAACCACAGAAAAAAAUAUUUUACAAAAAGUAUAAACUUGUGUUUUUGUGAUGUGUUGAUUUUCAGUCUGAGGCCAGUUUGACUUGUUUAAACGUGAUCCCAUUUCUCGCUGAGCUGUUUAUGCGUCCAUUACGGAGCUUGGUGAAGUGAAAACCUCUCUGGAUCAAGAUCACAUUUUCUCAUUACUGUCAAGCAUCACAUUAACUUGAAGAGGUCCUUCAGUUUUUUGUUUUUAUAAACACAAUUUUUAACAUCGUACUGUGGUUUUAGAACUGACUAUAUUUUGGCAGGCUUUCUGCAUAUUCACCUCCAAACACGCUGAAUAAUGUAUUUUCAAAUGUUGUUCUAUUUUGUCAUUUUGUCACGUACUGUAUAAUACUGGGUGUUGUCUCAUUGCCUGUUGAGACACUCCUGCCAUACUACUGAGUUUGUUGUGGAUCUUCUUCGUGUGACCAAACAGGACUUUUAAUUCAAAGACUAGCAGUGAGUUAAAAGCACAUACAGGAAUGUGAAAUGCUUGAUUACAGAAAAUUACACACUUACUCAACUGCAGAGAGAACCAGUGCCCUGCUUGGCAUGUGUGGCAUUAACAAACUGAGACUAACAUGAUAUUAGCAAGCUCAAAUGUUCCCAUUCAGUCUUAAAGCUAACUAGGUUAUUUAUUGAUUUUUUUUUUUAUAUAUAAAAAUUUAAGCUGAUCUAACAGAUCAGAGGGCUCUUAAGUUGAGUAACCAUUUAAAAGGCUAAGCCUGACAAUUGUUUGUAUUUUUUUUUUUUAUUGUCAACACAUUUCUUGAAAAUACUAAAAUCAACAAUGACUUGAUCAAAUAACAUGUAUUGUUGCCAUAUCUUCUUCCUCUGUCCCAUAACGCUCCAUUGUUGUCCGAAAUCAAUUAAAAACACUUCAGUGAGCGUCACUGUUGCACUGAGUGACACACACACUGUGGUUUAUUUUGAGUUGACCCUUUGUACACUUUCCCGAGCAGAGAAGCAGACUUGGGUCAGUUCGAUUCACUGACUAAUAAUGACGAGUCGAAUAACUUCUCUCUGCUUGUUUCAUGUUUUCAGUUUUUUGACACUACUCUAUUACAACGCAGGUUUUCUAUAAAUUGAUCAACCUACGAGUUGUAAAGUUAAGAGUUAGGACAGUUUGUAAUUAAAGUGGGCCUGUACAGAUGGACUAAUGGGUAGAUGUGUUGUCCCCGAUAACUUCUGUAGUCUCAUUUAGCCACUUGUUAGCAACCAA